AUGGAGACGGGGGGCUAUGCCGCUUCGGAGUCGUCCCCGCCCUCCAGCAAGUGGCCCAGCAAUGCGGAAGGCUACACCUUGCUGAGCCGCAUCGGGCACGGCGCCUUUGCUACGGUCUACAAGGCCAAAGUGGUGUCGGGCCCUCAAGCCGAUUCGGACGUGGCUGUGAAGGUCAUUGAGCUGGAGGAGUUUGCAGACUCGAGUCUGGAAGAAAUUCGGCGAGAGCUGCAGAUGAUGAAGAUGUGUCGUCAUGAGAACGUGAUCGCCUACCACGUUGCUUUUCCAACCAAGAGGCAGAUGUGGUUGGUGAUGCCUUUGCUGGAGGGCGGCUCCUGCGCGUAUGUGAUGAGAGCCACAGGGGGUUCGAUGGGCUUCGAAGACGAAAGCGUCAUUGCGUACAUCCUGCGUGAGGUCGCGAAGGCCGUGAAGUAUUUUCACGACAACAUGCAGAUCCAUCGAGAUCUCAAAGCUGGGAAUAUCCUUUUGAGCCUUGAUGCCAGAGUUUUCCUGUCGGACUUCGGUGUUGCCGCCCCACUGAGGGACGACAAGAAACGGCAGACCUUCGUCGGAACGCCCUGCUGGAUGGCACCAGAGGUCUUGGAGCAAACUCACGGCUACGAUUACAAGGCGGAUAUCUGGUCUUACGGCAUCACUGGCAUCGAGCUCGCCACAGGGGAGGCGCCCUACCAAAGGAUGCAUCCCUUGAAGGUCAUGAAGAUCAUCAUUGAGAAGGAACCACCAAAGGCGAAUAGGAAGCUGUCCCACCUUUUUUUAGAUUUAAUCGAGAUGUGUUUGCAGAAAGAUCCCAAGAAAAGACCCACCAUGGAGGAGGUCUGCGCUCGAAACGCCAAGUUUUUCCGCACAGCGGACGCUGAGCCCCUCAAGAAGUUGCUCAGUCGUCUUCCGCCCUUGGAUCAACGGAUACCUCCGCUUCCGAAAGCGCGGGAGGAGAAGGUCGAAGAGAAACCACCCAGGGAGCAAUGGGAAGCUUGGAAGAAGCUGUGA